AUGGCCCUUUCCACCUUCUUUCAAUCUCCACGUGCUGUCUUCUCAGCAUCUAUCAUUCUACGCGCUGUCUUUCUCCUAUACGGUCUAUGGCAAGAUGCAAACUCGCCAAUGAAGUACACCGAUAUCGACUAUAAUGUCUUUACCGAUGCGGCACGCUUCAUCUCGCAUGGCCAAUCACCAUAUGCGCGAGACACCUACCGCUACACGCCCCUUUUGGCCUGGAUGAUCUACCCUACCGUCUGGCCUGGCAGGUUCUGGUUCUCCUUUGGGAAGGUGCUCUUUGCUGUGGGCGAUGUCGCUGCAGGCUGGAUGAUGUUCCGCAUCUUGAAAGAGCACAGGAAAAUGAAUGAUGAGCGGGCGUUGAAGUUUGCGAGCAUUUGGCUGCUAAACCCCAUGGUCGCGACCAUUAGCACGAGAGGAAGUUCCGAAGGCUUGUUGGGUGUUUUUGUUACUGCCCUGCUCUGGGCAGUGCUUGCGAAGCAAAUUCCGAUUGCUGGGUUUCUGCUGGGAUUUGCGGUCCAUUUCAAGAUCUAUCCAUUCAUCUACGCUGCUUCAAUCGUCUGGUGGCUCGAUGAUGAGAGAGUCGGACAGAAGAAGAACAAGCACCAAAAGGUUACCCAGUUGCCGGCAUUCGACCAGAUCUUCGCUUUCCUGAACACUGAGCGGAUAUACCUCGCCAUUUCCAGCCUGCUCACUUUUGCCGUCCUUAACAUCGCCAUGUACGUUAUGUACGGCUAUCCUUUCCUGGAGCAUAGCUACUUUUACCACCUCAUCCGGAUCGAUCACCGACACAACUUCUCGCCAUACAACACUCUGCUCUACCUCAAUUCUUCUCCACACGCCACCUCAUCGUCCUUCGAGCUUGAGCGCUUGGCUUUCGUGCCACAAAUACUACUCAGCGCCGUCUUCAUCCCAAUCGCACUGGCCAAAAAGGACCUGCCAAGCACGAUGCUUGCGCAGACUUUCGCGUUUGUGACAUUCAACAAGGUAUGCACGAGUCAGUACUUCCUUUGGUAUAUGAUGUUCCUACCCUAUUACCUGCCCGACUCUACGUUACUCCAAUCGCCAACAAUUGGUGUCUCAGCGCUUGUACUGUGGAUCCUCGGCCAAUUCGCUUGGCUGCAGCAAGGCUUCCAGCUCGAGUUCAACGGGCACUCGACGUUCGUGCCCGGACUCUUUCUAUCCAGCAUCCUGUUCUUCCUCGUGAAUGUCGGCAUAUUAGGCAUCAUCAUAGACGACACGAGGAGCAAGCCCAGAAAACAUAUCAGCACAUCGAAGAAGACAUCAUAA